AUGGAGUUUCAACUCCCAAAAAACUCAACCUUGGAGACAAAUCACAAAUUUCUACCCUCUAAGCAGACUUGCAUGAAUAGUUCUUGUUUCUUCUGUAUCAUGUCCGACACAGAUUCUUCUCUCAGAAGAGCUAAAAUGUUUUGCUUCUUCAAGCAAAUGCCUCUUGAAGACGACCAAGAACAUGUAUUGGCGUUAAGCGGGCUUUGGAAAAUCGCUAUGACUCAACCGAAUGACCCAGAAUUUCCUUCCCUUGGCAUCUUUCGAUGCAUGGCCACACUAAUCGAGAAAGGGGUCAGCGACAAAGAUUGGCUACUUAGAUAUCAAAACGCUUACAUCCCCUAUUGUGCAGCGCAUAUCAUUGGUUCCUAUGCCAUGAACAAGGCCACGUUUGCUCAUAAAGCUGUCAAGUCCCACGUUGUUCGGCCACUAAUGGAUCUCCUCGAAGGUAAGAUUAGUCGGUUUGAACAGAGAGUCGCACUUCGAGCAGUGGGUCAUUUGGCCAAACACGAAGAAACUUUUGAAGCACUUGCUGAACACGAGGCAAAAAUCGUGGAGGCGGCCAUUGACAUAGCUUCUACUUGUUUGAACGAGGUGUAUGAUAAAUUUCUUAGCUUGAAGGAGACACGUAGAUUGAAGUAUCAUAGGAAUUUGCUAACAAGAGGGCUUGGAGGCAUGGAAUUAGAGAGCAGAAAAGCAGAGGAUUGGGCGAAUCAGCUUCAAUGCUGGUCCCUGUGUGUCUCAGACUGCUUUGCACGUAAAGAAAGAUCUCUCAGAUUAAUCUGCAAGGAGCAAUUCUUAAAGGUUUUAUGUGGAAUGUGGGGUGGAAUGGGAAACCCUGGAUCACCUGCUGGAAUAGGACUUGCGCGAACGCUGUGUCGCACCAAAGUAGGAACAGAAAGCAUAGCAGAGUCUCAAGAAGUAGUAGACAGCCUUUGUAAUGUCUCGAGAUCCUCGGACGAUCGGCAAUACUUGGCUAUUGAAAGUCUUUUGCAACUUCUUAACGACCCUCUCACGAGAUAUAAAGUAAUAGAUACUGCAGCUCCAGUUCUUGUUGAUUUAGUUGAACUCAGGAGCAUUGAAGGAAAGAUAAAAGUAGGACAAGCAAUCACGCAGACUCUCUUGCAAGAUUACCACAAAAUCAGGUAUUGUAAAAUGAGUCUGAAGGAAGAAAAAGCUGAGAGAGCGUUAAAAGAAUUAUGGGAUUUAAAGGUAGACAGAGUGAAGAGAGAGAGUCCGACGAAUGAAGAAGAGAUCAGAGAGAAAGAGGUUUUGGCGGGUGUGUUGAAGAAAGAAGGGAACAGCAUACUUUGGUCAGGGGACAUAGAAAAGGCUAUGACGAAGUACUCAGAAGCUUCGGGUUUUUGCCCACUGAAAACGUGGAGAGAAAGAAUCGUGCUUCAUAGCAACAGAGCACAGUGUCAUUUGUUGCUAAGAGAUGCAGAUGCCGCUCUAAGCGAUACAACUCGAGCUGUAUGCCUAUCAAGUGAAGCGUGUCCUCACAGGAAGAGUUUGUGGAGAAGAUCACAAGCUUAUAACAUGAAAGGGGUUACUAGAGAGAGCUUGAUGGAUUGUCUAAUGUUAAUCAACAGCCGCUUCAAGUCACAGCAGACAAAGGGAUUCAGAAUUCCAUACUGUGCGGCACGUAUGGUGAACAAGCACAUGAAUGCCUUGUGGCUCUUUGCGUCAGCUGAGUCAGAGAGGUAUGGCAAAAGCGAAGAACAGAGCGAGGAAAAACAGUGAAAGGUGAUUUCUAGGACGUCAACAGAUGUAAGUGUUUUUUAUUUCUCAGAGUUCAUCUGGGUUGCGACUUGUGACCGUAUGUCAAAAACUCAGAAGCAAAAUAAGACAAUAACGAGUUCCGUGAGGGAAAUUACCCAGUGGACUAUUGUUUCAAUGCGGUUUGUUUGCUUAAUUGCUUUCGAUGUAUGAUCAAUAUUGUAGAAGAAGAUUUCAUCAGGAUAGAAGUAUGGAAAAAGAAGACGUGCUGGACCAUAGCAGAC